AUGAAUUAAUAGAGUAGGAACUUUGUUGGAAAGAAGAUUGAUGAUUAUAUCCUUGUAGAUGUAUUAGGCACAGGAGCCUUUGGAUAAGUAACACUUUGAUUUAUAUUAAUGCAGGUCUUUUCUGCUUAGAAUAUAAUUACCAAAGAAACGGUGGCCAUAAAGUCUGUGCCGAAAUCCAAAUUGUAAUUGAUUUGAGUAUGUUUAGAAAGGAACAUAAUGGGCUGGUUGGAUAAUUAUUAAAGACAGAAGUUCAAGUACUAGCUCAAUGCAGCAAUAUUAAUGUGGUUAAAAUGAAUAAGUACUUGGAAAGUGAAAAUAAUUGCUAUUUAGUGAUGGAAUAUUGCAAUUGUAAAACAAUAUUUUGAAAUAUAAUUAGAAGGAGAUCUUGAAUAAUUGUGGAAGAAAAAGAAUAGAAUAAUUCCAGAAGUGGAGGCCAUUUAGUAUAUCAAAUAAAUUCUGAAUGGUAUGAGGGGGUAAAAUCAUGAAAAAAUUGUAGAUUGCAUGAAAUGAAUGUUAUUCAUAGAGAUUUAAAAUUGCCAAAUAUACUAAUCUCUAAUAAUGUUCUAAAAAUAGGAGACUUGGGCUUUGCUAAAAGAAUGGAGAGCUUAGAUGGAGUAGUCAAAGAAGCAUUAGGUACUUUAGGCACAAUGGCACCUGAAAUCAUUGAAUUUAAACCAUAUGGAAUUCUUGCUGAUAUGUUUUCUAUCGGAGCCAUUUAUUAUCAAAUGCUCUUUGGAGUCCUACCCUUCAGCAUUAAAAGUUACAAUGAUUUCUUGAAGGAUGUCAAAACAAGUAAUUCUAUAGAAUUAUUCGUAAAGACUAGCCUAAUUUUACAAGAAACAACAUUAAAAUAUCUAAGGAAUCAUAGGAAUUAUUAUUUAGAAUGCUAAAUCCAGAACCUAAACUGAGAUUGUAAUGGAAUUAGUUGUAUGAGUCACCUUUGUUUUCCAACCAAGUUGUAAACCCAGGUAUUAAUUUAUAAAUUAUUAUUUAUAGCCUUAUGUUAAUUAACAGUGGAAUAAGUGGUGGCUAAAUAAGUAGACUUGAAAAUGAAUAAGUAAGUCUAUUAGUAAAACUAAUAAAAAUUCGAUAACAUCACAAAUUAGGAUAUGUUAAAGAAUAUAUAAUCUGAUGUUCCAAAGUUAGAACACAAAUAAGUCAUGGAUAAUUCUAAUGAUGAAAAACUAUUAUAGGAGGCUCUUUAAUAAAAAUAACUUUAGUAAUAGAAGACUAAUGAUCUCAAUAAUGUAUUUGAGAAAUAUCUUAAUGAAAGAAAUACACUUGUAUUUUUGGGCACUGUUUUACAUGAAAUUCAUUAGAGGAAACACACUCAAAAUACUAAUGUAAUGACUUUCAUUAUUUUAGGUGUUUCUUCCUGCCUUCAUUAUUUCAAAGAAAUUAAUUAUUGAAAUGAAUCGCUUCGUCGAGGUUUUAAAAAACAAAAAGAAUAUUUAUUAAUGUGCAUAUUUCUUUGAGCUUUACACUUUCCCCUAAUUUAUAGCCUUCAUUAGGUUAUGCGAAGAAGAUUUCUAGAUCUAGAUGACUCAUUUCUAAUUAAUUCAAUAAUAAUUGCAGUAUAUGAUAUUCUUCUAUUUAGAUCUAUAUUGUUUCAAAUGUAGAAUCAAGCCAACAAAAAAUAUAUAUCAGAAUUAUAGCCUUCACUUACUGAAUAAUUUGAAGAGAAUUACCGUGAUAUUUUGAUCAAUUAUUACAUGUAAUUGUAAGAUGAAAAGGGGGAAAGUGAAGAUUAAGACAAUGCUAUAAAUAAUUUGUCUAUAUAUGUUUUGGAUACCAUUUUAUUUGAUAGAAUUGUUAAAAAAUAAGUAUUAAUAUCUAUUGUAUUAUUAGCUAUUAAACUAAAAGGUUGAUGACUAUCUCGAGAAGUUUAAUUUCUUGACUAGCAGAGAAAAAGAAGAAAUGAUAGCUUAAAAAUUUUAGCAAAUAUAUUCAUUUUGA